GUCCCAGCCAGAGUACUGAAGCUGGCGCCCCAGCCAGGACCGGGAGCCAGCCAGCCCUGAACUUGCAACUCAUGACCUUGAGUGACUGGAGAAGGAAGGAAAGGAGUACUUCUUGCCACCACUCCCAGCCUCAGCCUCGGAGGAUGCGGCUCCUUGGGAAACUGCGCGCCUCCGCUCCGGAGCCUGCUUUCUCCAACGUGCUCACCCCGGCCCGCAUCCCCGAGUUCUGCAUCCCGCCCCGGCUGCCCGCGCCCUGCGCACCCGAGUCUCCGCCUCCGGCCGCGGCUCUGCCGCGGCGCUGCGCCGCUGAGCCAGACCUGUGGCCCGGAGGAGCCUACGGUGCCGCGGGACACACGGACUGGGACCCACGCUCGCAGGCCGCGCUCUCGCUGCCGCACCUGCCGCGCGCGCGCACCGCCUACGGCUUCUGCGCGCUGCUCGAGAGCCCGCACACCCGCCGCAAGGAGUCACUCUUCCUCGGGGGCGCCGGCGCCGCUCCGCUCCUGCUCCCGGGAGCAGCCCCGGUCCCCGACCCCGCGAUCCCCGCCGGCCCACGGCAGACCCCGGACGUGCCCAAGCCGCCGCCCCGCGCCCACCGCCUCCUGCGCGCCCCCGAAGGACUGCUGAGCCGCGCGCUGCGGGCCCGGAGGAGCCGUACCCUGGCGCGCGCCCGCUCCGUGUCCAGCGGGGACGACGACGACGACGAGCGCGGCGCCGGCUCGCGGCCCCCGGCCCGGGCCCCCUCCGCGUCCCCGCCGCCGCCUCCACCGCCUGGCCCCGACCCGCGGCCCGAGCGCCUGGAGGCCGAGGGCACCGUGGCCCUGGGCCGCGACGGGGGCGCCCUGCGCCUGGCAGCCGAGUACAGCCGGGCCAGCGGGCGGCUCCGCGUGCGGCUGCUAGGCGCCGAGGGCCUCCCCGCAGGGACCGCCGAGCCCCGAGCCGUGGGCUGCCGCGUCAGCUUCGUCCUGCGCUCUCCAGGCAAGACGCGCCCGCAGCGCAGCGCCGUGGUGCGGCCGAGCCGCAAGGCCGCCUUCGACCAGGACGUGUGCCUGGACGGGCUGUCGGAGGAGCAGGUGCGCCGCCUGGCCGUGCGCGUCCAGGCGGAGAAGCGGGGCCGCGGCCGCGAGCGGGGCCGCCGGCUGGGCCAGGGUGAGCUGCUGCUGGGCUCCCUGCUGCUCCCCUGA